AGCGUAGAAAAAGUUUUCAUCAACAGCCGCCAUUUUGCGCUGGAUAGACUGAGAAGAAUUUCGGAAUUUGCCGUGUAAAUUUUCUGUUUUUUCUUACAUCAUUUUCUCAUAAACUGUACCAUUCCGUGUAUUUUAAAGUGUUAAGUGUAAUCGUGUUAAUCGAUCGGUUAAAUAUCUUGUGUAAAAUAGCUAAAAUCUGGUGGUAUUGUUUUCAUUGUGCUAGUUCCGACGGAAGAUGGUGAGAGGGUCUGUGUAGCUCUUCGAUUCGGAGCUUUGUAAUGGCGAAUACUUGAGUGAAAAUUUUAAUAUGUGCCUUCGAUGGUGGGAAGGACAUCGAACGAUCGGGAUGUGGGUGAAUUAUAUUGUGAUGGAUGACAAAUCGAUAUAAAAUGUUAUUUCUUGAAAAUAUUAGACAUAAAAGUGUAAUUUAAAUCGGCGGGCCGAAAUAUUCAAGACGGCUUAGUUUAGUAAACAUAGCCAUGGGCGAUCAUCAUGUGGAUGAGCCGCCGAAUAAGCGGGCUAAGAUGAUUCGAGACCCUUUCCAGGGUCCCUCCGACUCGGCAGCUGUCAUCACUCGCUACAUCAACCAUCCCUCGGCCAUGGCCACUACUGUCAUGCUGCCCAAAUAUCAGGAAGUUAAAAAUCUUCAACAUGUAGAUGGGUUCUCGAACAUCCAAGACAUGUUUGAUCUUGAGAAGGAUCUCCCUGAUGAGUUGAUGGGAUGGGAACAGCCGGGUGUGACGGGGCCGAAGCCCCCCGCGCAAGGCCCCGGGCCGGGGGGGCAGAUGUCCCAGCAGCAGAUGAAUGGGGAUGACCCCACUGCUGCCAUGCAAAGGCAGAUUAAUAAUCACCUUAUGCAACAAGGAAAGCAAGGUGGCUUAGUUGGCCACAACAAUCCCCUAGUUUUGGGUAGUUUAGGAAGUAAGAGUCCCAACUUGCAGUCACCUCCUAAUGUGUCUGUAUCUAAGGACCUCAUGGGUGGUAUGCACCCGCAAUUAAUGCCAAAUACGAGUCAUCCAAAUCAGCAACUUCAUUCAUCAAUGCCAAUGAGUUCUAUACAAGGUGGUAUGAACGUGGCAAACGUGGGGGGCAACAUGAUAGUGGCCAACAGCAGCAUGGGCGCCGGCAUGCUCGGCGGCGGCCUCAUCAACAAUGUGAACAAACAGCUGCCCACCAUGAUGGGCAACAACCAUCACCAGGGCCCUCACCAUCCGCACGCUCAGGCGAUGCAGAAUGGCCCACAAGCUCGCAUGCCAGUAGGCAUGCAAGCCCCCGUGAUGCGGAGUUCUCUUCAGCACCACCCGCGCAUGCAAGUACCCGGCGGCGGCGGGCACCCGCUGCCCUACCACCCGCAGUACGGGCAGUCGCCGCAGGGCCCGGGCGCGCCGCCCGCCCAGCGGCCGCAGGGCGUGAGGUUCGGCCCGCCCGGCGACGGCGGCGCGGCGCCCCAGGCCGUGCCGCCCGCGCCCUCGCCACAGACGCCGGGGGCGCCCUCUGGCGGACAGUCGCAACCGCAAGCGGCGACGCAAGCGCCCCCUCAGCCCCCCGCCUCGGGUUCAAUAGCGGACCCGGAGAAACGCAAGUUGAUCCAACAACAGCUCGUGUUGCUCCUCCACGCACACAAGUGUCAGCGGAGAGAGUCCCAGAGCAAUGGAGAGACGUGGCAGUGCUCGCUGCCACACUGCAAGACUAUGAAGGGUGUCCUCAACCAUAUGAUGUCCUGCCAAGCGGGAAAAAACUGUUCAGUACCUCAUUGUUCCUCGUCAAGACAAAUCAUCAACCAUUGGAAACAUUGUAAUAAGAAUGACUGUCCUGUGUGCUUACCCCUUAAACAAGCAGAUAGGACUAAAAGUAAUAAUAUGAAUGCGGCAGCGGCAGCGAGCCACCCGACGGCGGGCGUGGGCGCGGCGCCGGUGGGCAUGGGCCAGCCCGGGCCGUGCCCCGUCAACACGCUCGCGCCGCAGCAGCCGGCCGCGCCCGUCACCAGCACGGGCGUCGACCUGAAGCGAGCCUACGAGGCGCUCGGCAUCACCUGCCCAUCGUCGGUCUCCAACAUGGUGGGCUCGGGGUUCCCGCGGCCGCCGCUCACCCGCCUGGCGGGGCCCGCGCGCCCGCCCGGCCUCACCGACGUGGUGCCGCAGCAGCCACAGAUGCAGCAGCUGUUCGCGCAGCAGCCGCAGCAGGACUUGCAGCAGCAGCAGCAGCAGCAACUGUUGUUUGGCAACUUGCCGUCGCAGAUGGGCGGCGGGUCGCUGCAGCUGGGCGGCGGCGCCGUCACCGCCAACCCCGCGUCCGGCACCAAGGAGUGGCACCAGUCUAUCACUGCCGAUCUCAGAAACCACCUCGUGCAUAAACUGGUGCAAGCGAUAUUCCCGACGCCGGACCCGACCGCAAUGUUAGAUAAGAGAAUGUAUAAUUUAGUAGCGUACGCGCGGAAAGUGGAGGGAGACAUGUACGAGAUGGCGAGCACGCGCUCCGAGUACUACCACCUGCUGGCCGAGAAGAUCUACAAGAUACAGAAGGAGCUCGAGGAGAAGAGACAGAAGAGGAAAGAGCAGCAGGCGGCGCAGCAGGCGCAGGCGGCGGCGGCGGGGGGCGUGGGACCGGGGGGCGCGCUGGGCGGGGCCCUGGCCGGCGCCAUGCGGCCCGCGCCCCCGCGCGCCCCGCUCGCCGGCCGCAUGAUCCCCUCGCCCGGCAUGCUCUCCAUGCAGCCCAGCAACCGCCUGCCCUACAGUACUACGCUGGUGGGCCCGCCCGGCCCCAGCCCCAACCAGCUGCCGCCCACGCCCAACGGCUCCGUGGUGGGCGGGCCGGGCAUGUCGCCCUUCCACCAGCCGAUGACGUCGCCCGUGCCGCCCACGCCCGCGCAGUACGCGAUGCAGAGCAACGGCCCCGCGCUGGGCGCGUCGCCCGGGCCCGGCCUGGAGGCGGCCAAGCGGCAGGCCGGCCCCGUGGCCAGCCCCUUCGUGAACCACGGGUUCCAGGGCCCGCCCGCGCCGUCGCCCGGGCCCGGCGGCUCGGCCGGCACGCCCGCCACGCCGCUGGCCGCGCCCUCCCCCGCGCCCGAGCCGCGCCCCUCGUCCCGCGCCGCGCCCGGCCUCUCCUCGCAGAUGGCGGCGCUCAACGCGGCGGCGGACGCGGACGACAGCCCGCCGCCGCCCGACGAGCCGCGCAUCAAGCGCGAGCCGCUCGACGACCCCGACGACCCGCCCGACUCCGGCGGCAAGGGCAUGCGCAGCGCCGACGACAUCAAGAAGGAGCCCAUGGACCAAGACUUUUCUAUAAAACAGGAGCCGAAGCUCGAGAUCAAGCACGAGGUAAAGCAUGAAAUCAAAACGGAGAUCAAGGAGGAGCCGGUGGAGGCGGGCAGCAGCACCACGCCUCGCUGCGUCAAGGAGUUCAAACCUGAAGAACUGCGCACGGCUCUGCUCCCCACCCUCGAGAAGCUGUUCCGCCAAGACCCGGAGUCGCUGCCGUUCCGCCAGCCCGUGGACGCGCAGGCGCUGGGCAUCCCCGACUACUUCGACAUCGUCACCAAGCCCAUCGACCUGUCCACCAUCAAGGGCAAGCUGGACCGCGGCGACUACAAGGACCCCUGGGAGUACGUGGACGACGUGUGGCUCAUGUUCGACAACGCGUGGCUCUACAACCGCAAGAACUCGCGAGUCUACAGAUACUGCACUAAGCUCUCAGAGGUGUUCGAGCAAGAAAUAGACCCGGUGAUGCAGCAGCUCGGCUACUGCUGCGGGCGCAAGUACACGUUCAACCCGCAAGUGCUGUGCUGCUACGGGAAGCAGCUGUGCACCAUACCGAGGGACGCCAAAUACUUUAGUUACCAGAAUAGUCUAAAAGCCUAUGGGGUUGUCUCCGAUAGAUACACGUUCUGCCAGAAGUGCUUCAACGACAUCCAGGGCGACACCGUCACGCUGGGCGACGACCCUCUUCAGCCGCAGACAUCAAACACCAAAAUUAACAAAUCCAAAUAUUGCAGUGUGAUCAAAAAGGAUCAAUUUAAAGAGAUGAAGAAUGAUCACUUAGAACAAGAGCCGUUUGUGGUGUGCAGUGACUGUGGUCGCAAGCAGCACCAGAUCUGCGUCUUGCACCACGACUCGAUAUGGCCCCAGGGCUUCUGCUGUGAUAAUUGCCUUAAGAAGAAGGGCGCCAAACGGAAAGAUAACAAAUUCUGCGCUAAGAAGCUGCCACCCUCUAAACUCGGCAUUUAUAUAGAGACGAGAGUGAAUAACUUCCUCAAGAAGAAGGAGGCUGGCGCCGGCGAAGUGCAUAUACGAGUUGUGGCGUCGUCGGAUAAGAUGGUAGAAGUGAAGCCGGGCAUGCGCUCGCGGUUCGUGGAGUCGGGCGAGCUGUGCGCGGAGUUCCCGUACCGGGCCAAGGCGCUGUUCGCCUUUGAGGAGGUCGACGGGACGGAUAUCUGCUUCUUCGGCAUGCAUGUGCAGGAAUACGGCAGUGAAAGUCCAACGCCAAACACGAGGCGGGUUUACAUAGCAUAUUUAGACUCAGUACAUUUCUUCCAACCGCGACAGUACAGGACGGCGGUGUACCACGAAAUAUUAUUAGGCUACUUGGACUACGCCAAGCAAUUAGGUUAUACGAUGGCGCAUAUUUGGGCCUGCCCGCCUUCAGAGGGAGACGACUAUAUCUUCCACUGCCAUCCGCCCGAACAGAAGAUACCCAAGCCUAAGAGACUGCAAGAGUGGUACAAGAAGAUGCUAGACAAGGGUAUCAUUGAGAGGAUAAUUCUGGACUACAAAGACAUUCUGAAGCAAGCUAUGGAAGACAGCAUUUCUUCGGCGGCAGAGCUCCCGUACUUCGAGGGUGACUUCUGGCCGAAUGUUCUGGAAGAGUCCAUCAAGGAGUUAGACCAGGAAGAGGAGGAGAAGAGAAAACAGGCUGAAGCCGCCGAGGCAGUGAUAUUCCAGUCUUCCGAGGAGAACGAGCAAGGCCCCGACGGCAAGAAGAAAGGCCAGAAGAAGGCCAAGAAGUCGAACAAGUCGAAGGCGGCCCAGAGGAAGAACAGCAAGAAGCAGAGCGACCAGCAGCAGGGUAGUGAUCUCAGCGCGAAGAUAUUCGCCACCAUGGAGAAGCACAAGGAGGUGUUUUUCGUCAUCCGGCUACAUUCCGCACAGUCCGCAGCUAGCUUAGCGCCAAUCCAAGACCCGGACCCGCUGUCCAACUGCGACCUGAUGGACGGGCGCGACGCGUUCCUCACGAUGGCGCGCGACCGCCACUACGAGUUCUCGUCCACGCGGCGCGCGCGCUUCUCCACGCUGUGCAUGCUGUACGAGCUGCACAACCAGGGCCAGGACAAGUUCGUGUACACCUGCAACAGCUGCAAGGCGCACGUCGAGACCCGCUACCACUGCACCGUGUGCGACGACUUCGACCUCUGCUGCCCCUGCUACGAGAAGGAGGGCCACCCGCACAAGAUGGAGAAGCUCGGCCUCGACCUCGACGUGGGCUCCUCCCCCGGCGACCUCAAGCAGGCCAACCCGCAGGAGGCGCGCAAGCAGUCCAUCCAGCGCUGCAUCCAGUCCCUGGUGCACGCCUGCCAGUGCCGCGACGCCAACUGCCGCCUGCCGUCCUGCCAGAAGAUGAAGCGCGUCGUCACGCACACCAAGAUCUGCAAGCGCAAGACCAAGGGCGACUGCCCCAUCUGCAAGCAGCUCAUCGCGCUGUGCUGCUACCACGCCAAGCACUGCCAGGAGACCAAGUGCUCGGUGCCGUUCUGCAGCAGCAUCAAGCAGAAGCUGAAGCAGCAGCAGGUGCAGCAGCGGGUGCAGCAGCAGCAGCUGCUGCGGCGGCGCAUGGCGGCCAUGAACACGCGCGGCUGUGCGCCCGCGCCGCCCUCGCCGCCGCCCGCGCCGCCGCUCGCCUCGCCGCCCGCAUCCAAGCCCGCGCCGCACGCGCUGCCCACCAAUGUGCAGAAGGCGCUACAACAGGUGCAAGAGGAGGCGGCGCGACAACAGGCCCCCUCCUACGGCAAGCAGGGGGCGAUGGCGGCGCGCGGCGAGCAGUGGGCGCCGCGCUACCGGCCGCCGCCGCCGCUGCACCACCCGCACCAUCAUCGGCCCCCCGUGCCGCAGCCGCAGCCGCCGCCGCAGCAACGAGCACCGGCGCCGCAGCCGCAGCCGACGCAGCCGCAGAUGCACCAGAAGGCGCUGCAGCAGCUCAUGGCCACGCUGCGCUCGCCCACCAGCCACAACCAGCAGCAGGAGAUCCUGCAGAUACUCAAGUCCAACCCGCCGCUCAUGGCAGCGUUUAUCAAGCAGAGACAGAACGCCAACCAGCAGUCAGGCGGCGCCGUGGGCGCAGUAGGCGGCGUCGGGCCCGUGGGCGUAGGCGGCGUCGGCACCGUGGGCGGCGCCCAGCCCGUGCCGCUGCAGCAGCCGCUGCAACACAUGAUGCAGCCGCAGCAGCAGCAGCAGCAACAACAACAGCAGCAACAGCAGCAGCAGAGGCUGCAACAGAUGCACCAGAUGCUGGGGCAGCAGUCUCAGCAGGUAGGAGGAGUGAGCGGCGUGAGCGGAGUGGGCGGCGGCGGCGGCGGCGGCGGCAUGGGCGCGCUCGGGCACGGCGCGUGGUUCAAGCAGGCGGGCGGCGGCGCGGGGCUGCUGCCCGUGCGCGGCGGCUACCCGCCGGCCGGCGCGCGCGUGCCCCCGCGGUACUACGCGGGCGGCGUGGGCGUGCUCCAGCGCUCCCCGCCCGCCACGCCCUCCCCGCGCGCGCAGACCCCCGCCGAGCUGCUGCUGCUGCGCCAGUCCCCCGCGCCGCCGCCCCCGCCGCACCCCCUCCCCCCGCAGGACGACCAGCUCCCCCCUCUCACGCCGCAGGACCAACUCAGCAAGUUCGUCGAGCAGUUGUAGUGUAAAUAGACGCCCGCGGCCCCCACCACUGUACCAUAUAGGCUAGCGACGGAGGCCGCGCACCCCGACCCCCCUAUCCCUCCCUCGUGCACUAUUUAUUGUCGAUGAAAUUAUUAAAUUAACGUAGCUAUGUGAAGGACGUAAAUUAAGUUAUACGGUGAACGAAUCGAGCGCUCAAUGUACAAAAUGUAAAUAUAAAGAAGAGUACAUCCUGUCCGCUUCUGCGUUAAAUAAGUUGUUCGUAGUGUUAGGUACAUUAUGAUACUUAUUCUGUUUAUUGUAAUUAAAUCAUUUUAUAAUAUAAUUAUGUGAUCAUUAUAAA